AUGGCAAAAGAGAAGACCCACGUGAACGUGGUGGUCAUCGGCCACGUGGACAGCGGGAAGUCCACCACCACCGGACACCUCGUCUACAAAUGCGGAGGCAUCGACCAGAGGAAACUGGAGAAGUUUGAGAAGGCCGCGGCUCAGGUGAAAGGACGGACCACCGGACCCAAACGUUCGGACCGUGAACAAAUGGGGAAGAGCUCCUUCAAGUUUGCCUGGGUGCUGGACAAGCUGAAGGCCGAGCGGGAGCGGGGCAUCACCAUCGACAUCUCCCUACUCAAGUUCAACACCCAGAAAUACACCAUGACCAUAAUUGACGCUCCGGGCCACCGCGACUUCAUCAAAAACAUGAUUACGGGGACCUCACAGGCCGAUGUUGCCCUUCUGGUGGUGUCCGCAGCCAAAGGGGAGUAUGAGGCGGGCGUGUCCAGGAGCGGUCAGACCAGAGAACACGCCUUAUUGGCUUACACUUUAGGGGUCAAGCAAAUCAUCGUCUGCGUGAACAAGAUGGACCUGACGGAGCCGCCGUACAGCCAGAAGCGCUACGAGGAAGUGGUGCGAGGCGUGAACGGCUUCCUCAAGAAGAUCGGCUACGACACAGCCGCCGUGGCCUUCGUCCCCAUUUCCGGCUGGACUGGGGAGAACAUGAUCACCGCCACCCAAAAGAUGCCGUGGUAUCAAGGCUGGAAAGUCCGGCGCCGGGAAGGGAUGGCGAGUGGGAAGACCCUGCUGGAGGUCCUGGACUCGAUCCACCCGCCUGUACGGACCAUCAACAAACCCCUGAGACUGCCUCUGCAGGAUGUGUACAAGAUAGGAGGAGUGGGGACGGUACCGGUGGGGAAGAUCGAAACCGGGGUCCUGAAGCCCGGCAUGACCCUGAUGUUCUCCCCCGCCAAGCUCACGGCGGAGGUGAAGUCCAUCGAGAUGCACCACCAGGGCCUGCAGACGGCCCUGCCGGGCCACAACGUGGGCUUCAACAUCAAGAACGUGUCGGUGAAGAACCUGCGGCGCGGCGACGUGGCCGGCAACGCCCAGCAGGACCCGCCGCUGGACGUCAGCAGCUUCGAGGCUCAGGUGAUCAUCCUGAACCACCCGGGGAAGGUGAAGGCCGGCUACUCUCCGGUCCUGGACUGCCACACGGCGCACGUGACGUGCCGCUUCGCCGAGCUGCAGGAGAAACUGGACCGCCGCACGGGCCGGAAGCUGGAGGACCGGCCGCAGCUGCUGGUGUCCGGGGACGCCGCCACCGUCAAGCUGGUCCCCGUCAAGCCCAUAGACCUGAAGCAGACGGUGGCUGUGGGCGUCAUCAAGUCGGUGGAGAAAGAUCACGGCUCAAAAGCUCCGCCCGCAUCCAAAGCGUGUAAAUAA